AUGGGAAUCAAGAACUCGCUAUUGCUUCAGUUUACCCUUUUCUGUGUUAUUAUUAUCCACCUCUCAAGGUCAGACAUUCUUGAAGACAAGCUAUGGUCAGCUUGUACCGAAGAGCAAGAAAAGCUUUGCCAUCCUGGAAGAUGCAAACCCGCGCCCAGAGAUUAUCCAGAAUCCUAUACAUGCGACUGCACACGACAUACUUACCUAGAUAGAACAUUUGAUUCAACGAAGGAUCCUCCGAUUGUAGCACAGUGCUCCCCUUUACUUUACAACCCAUGCAUACAAUGUCAUGAAAAGAAUACUAUCAAAUGCACACCAACUUCUAAUUCAAGUAGUAUUUGCCACUGCUACCAGGAAUAUAGUGAAGCAUCUAAUUGCUUUGAGAAAAAGAAUCCAUGUGAAGUGAUUCCGCUAGGAGCUAGUCAAUCUGGAAAUGUAGCCUGUAAAGUAGAAUUUGGAAAUCUGUGUAUUCCACAGAUGGGAACGCAGAAAUAUACGUGUAUUUGUAUGACACCCUUUAGAGCAUCUAGAGAUCUCAAUUUUCCAAAUUGUAUGGGAGAACAAGAAACACCCUGUGAUAGACAACUAUGCGUUGGAUUUCAACCAUUGACACCAAGGGAUACUACUGUAACUCCGAGAAGUGUUAUUAUCGCUGGAGUUCCGGAAUCAGGAUACGAAGAAGGAGCAAAAUGUGUUGGAAAUGGAACAUGUGUUUGCCCAAAUAACUGGCAUGGUGAACAUUGCAUAAAUUGGCAUGCUAGUCCACUAGAGGUUUCCUGGACAUCGUAUACGGCUUGCAAACCUGAGUGUUUGGAUAGAAGCCUUCUCUCACCUUUAAGCGAUGCAACUGGUAUUGGGUACAGAGUGUCGACAUCCUUUUGUGAUGCAGAAGAUCAGCGUUAUUGUGAAGGAACACUGAAGAGAUGGAUCCGUUGCAAAGUGACUACUCUCUGCCCAAGAGAAGAUGAGAAGGAAACGGAGAAAUUUGAAUCAGAAGUGGCUAAAGUAUCUGCUGAAAUAAUGAAGGAAUUUUACAAUAAAGAUGUAGCUGUUCAAAUGGAGUCCCCUGAAUUGCUGAUUUGGUCGGAAAAAUGGAAUCUAUUUUUCAUUUAUUUCUUGAUUACUGUUUUUGGAUUUACGUUGACCGUGACACUAAUGGAAAUUGGUGGAGCAAUUCGACUAACAAAGGCGCAGAUUAACGCAAUUAUUGCCAAAGAAGGAGCCGACAUGGAAGGCAGAAGAUUCGAUUUCCGACGCGUAGUAAUCAGAAGAAAAGGAAACGAAACUGUGGUUUGA